GUCCUGUUACUCAUUCGCCUUCUGUCAAAGUUUACCAAAGUUUGAGGGCUUCUCUAUGAAUUUGUUUCCAGGUUUACAGAAAAUUUUAUGCAGAAAACUUAAGGAGAGGUAGGAGAAAUGAAACACACCAGUUUUCUCUUCUCCCUGAAGUCGGAACUUUGUCAAGGUAAAAAAACGCAUCGUGAUGAGGUAAAUAUGGAAUCCUAUUGAUCUUACGAGGAUUAUGUCUCAAUAUUCUCGAAAAGACGGCUCUGCCAGUAACAGGACUAUCCCACAUACACGAAUUGAGGACGAAAGGCAGAUAGAGGACAUUUACGAAUUUGGAGAAGUACUUGGAAGAGGGAGUUUUGGGGUUGUCAAGGAAGCAACAAACAAAGCAACGGGUAGUAGAUGGGCCAUAAAAGCUGUUAACAAGGAAAAGGCUGGUACUUCUGCUGUAAAACUUUUGGAGAGGGAAGUUCUAAUUAUGAAAAAGAUUGAUCAUGAGCAUUUGGUUCAUUUAGAAGAAAUAUAUGAAACAUCAAAGCGCAUGUAUUUAGUGAUGGAACUGUGUGAUGCUGGUGGUGUACAGAAACUUCUCGAAAAAAAGACCCGGUUUACAGAAAAGGAAACAUGGACAGUGAUAAACCAGCUUGCUCAUGCUGUGGCAUAUCUCCAUGACUGUGAUAUUGUUCAUCGAGAUUUAAAACUGGAAAAUAUUCUUCUUGGUCAACCUGUUGGUAAUGAGUUGUUAAAUAUCAAGCUUACUGAUUUUGGCCUUUCAUUUGUGAAAGGAAGUGUUGGAAGUGAUUCAAUGAUGCAAAGUGUUUGUGGGACUCCAAUUUACAUGGCUCCAGAGGUGAUAGAUGAUCUUGGCUAUAGUCAACAAUGUGAUAUUUGGAGUAUAGGUGUUAUAAUGUAUACCCUUUUAACUGGGAGACCACCAUUUGUGGCGGAAACAGAAGAAAAACUUUAUGAAUUGAUAAAGAAAGGUGAAGUGGACUUUUCAGAUCCCUGUUGGGAAACAUGCCAUGAAUCUGCAAAAAACCUCCUUCUUGGAAUGCUUAAAGUUGAUCCAGCUUACAGACGAACAGCAAAAGAAAUCCUGAAUCACCCCUGGAUUACUGGUGAUUCUGAAGCAUCAGAAACAUCAAAUGUUCUUGAACUAAUGAAAAUGUACAGGGAAGAGCUCAGACAGGUAAGAUCACUUGUGUUCAGUGUUUGUAGAUGUUUUCAAAUAUCUCAGUGCUUUCAACUUUAAUGUGUAUAGUGCACUUAUGAUUUGACUUUGGGUUAUGUUGUGUUUCUGGUUAUGUUGU